CCCUUCCGUGUCCCUUCGUCGGUUAGAGAGAGAGAGAGAGAGAAGGAAAAGGGAGCGAAGGGGAGCCCGGGGCCUCCUCCUCCACCGCCUGGAACGGGAGCCAGGGCUCCAGUGUGGCCCUGGAGGGGAUCCCCCGAGCCUCCCGGGGGUUUCGUGGGCUCCAACCCCGUCUCUUGGGACACACUACAAUUCCCAUCAUCCUCAGCCUCCUCUUUUUGGGCACACCACGACUCUCAUCAUCCCCGCCCCCCCUUUUCUUGGGACGCUCCACCGCUCCCAUCUCGUUGAACACGCCACAGUUCCCAUCAUCCCCAGCCCCCUCUUUUGGGAUGCAUUAAAAAUCUCAUCAGUCUGAUCUUUCGUCUUAUAAUGCCUUGUUGGCAUUCUGCUUUCUCCUGACUGGUGCUCAGUCGCUUUGGCUGCCCUGGCUAUUUGCCCAUUUGUGGAGAUCCUGGGUGCCUCUGCCCACAACGUGCUGCCUUGGAUUUAGCCUUUGAAGGAGGAUCCAUGUAUACCCCAGGUGGCUCGGUGUUGCCCAGUGGGCGCAGGCGGAGAGGCCAGGAUGGGAGUGCCUUGCCCAAGCAGCCAGAAAGGAGCCUGGCGUCUGCCUUGCCGGGCGCCCUCUCGAUCACAGCCCUUUGUACUGCACUGGCGGAGCCUGCUUGGCUACGGAUUCACGGGGGCACUUGUUUGCGGCAAGAGCUGGGGGUGGCUGAUGUGCUUGGAUACGUAGACCCUGAUUUACUUAAAGACUUCUGCAUGAAUCCACAGACAGUGUUGUUGCUUCGGGUCAUUGCGGCUUUCUGUUUCUUGGGGAUCAUCUGCAGCCUUUCGGCCUUUCUCCUGGAUGUCUUUGGCCCCAAGCACCCUGCGCUGAAGAUCACACGACGCUAUGCCUUUGCCCACAUCCUUACAGUGUUGCAGUGUGCCACAGUGAUCGGGUUCUGUUACUGGGCCUCGGAACUGAUCCUGGCGCAGCAGCAGCAGCACAAGAAGUACCACGGCUCUCAAGUAUACGUUACGUUCGCCGUCAGCUUUUACUUGGUGGCCGGAGCCGGCGGGGCCUCCAUCCUGGCCACGGCGGCCAACCUGCUGCGCCACUACCCCACCGAAGAAGAGGAGCAGGCCUUGGAGCUCCUCUCCGAGAUGGAGGAGAAUGAACCUUACCCGGCCGCGUACGACGUGAUCAAUCAGUUCCAGCCACCCCCGGCGUACACCCCGUAACGCCGUCUGUUGGGAGACCUGGCCGAGGGAAGGGAGGAUUUGGCAAGCUGUCCCCCACAACUGAAAGGCCUGUGACGGUUUGGGAAUGCGUUCUCUUCUCUGGGGCCUGCCCACUGGUGUGUGUUUUCCAUUCCCCUGGCGGUCCAGUCAGUUCCGAACUCACCCGGGAGAGUCGCUCAAGCAGGAGCGUGGCUUGUUCAGAGACUCUGCUCUCCCGGGUGCCCUGUCUCCAAAAGCAAUCGGCUGGGAGAUCUUUGUUUUCCCAGCACCUUGAAUGGCAGGCCCUGAGCCGCUGGAAUUCCUGUCCGGUCGGACCCAGCAGCAGCUCUGCACUUUCCCUGGGCUCUGCAAGGCUCCUCCCGCGCAGCCCCGAGGCUGGUGCUUUAUCUGGACACACUUCUGGGCCGAGUGGAAGGACACAGCUGCUUCAGGAAGAGGUCUUGCCUCAUGCGUGAAAGAGAUGGCACGUCCACACUCACUUUGGUGGCGGGAGGCGGGGUGGGGUGGGGGUGGGCUCCACCGUCCUUUGCAUAGGAUAAGAUCUUACACUGGUAUGCACACUUGAAAUACCAACUUCCACAGAGUCUAGCACUGUUGUGUCUCCCAAGCUCGGAAGGGCUGCCUUUUUGGGGGGAAUGUGACUUUCCUUCACUGAUCUUCACAUCAGGGGGGCAUGAAUGGGCUCUGCAUUUAGCACAUCUGAAGGUGAGAACCAUUCUCUAUGCACUUGUUUUGUGGGGAGUUGCCACGUUUCAGCUGAAAGGCAUGGUAAGCUUUCUGCCUCCAUUGUUUCACUUGUGUCGUUCCCCCCCACCUUCUGCCUCAUGCUACUUAACAGAAGCGUUUUGCACUUUAUUUGCUGAUCCCACGACCCCCUUUUCCUGCCUGACCUUUUUUGGGGUGGGGGUGAUGUCCAAACACACCUUUGCAGAACCAGCCGAAGGAUAAUGCCACUACUGAAUUUUCUCUUGGGCUCUCGUUUAUGGUAAAGGAAAAGUUGUCAUUCCAGUUGGCGCAUCCGUUCAUGCAGGCAGGCACACAUGCGCCUCUCCCUGUGCCAUUACACGUGAUCCAGCUUUUAAUAAAAGGUCCCGGAACUGAUUCAGUUUUCAUCUGUAUUAAGAUGAUACACAAAUACUUGGUUCCAGACGGGAUUUUAAUUAUUUUAUGUAUGUUUUAAUUUAAAUCUUUCCUGCCUACUUUUAGUUCUUCGUCCUGCUCAUGCCUCAAAAGUUACUUCUCCUGACUUAAGGCAGUGGUCACGUCCACAUGAUCCUCUAAAUCAUGAUUCGUUGGUUCAGCUAUAAAUUGUCCCAUAAAUGACCAAACACAUUACAGUCCAUUUCUCCCAUUUCAGUCUGCCUCUCUCCUGCCCUUUCUGUCAGUUUCUGUUUUAGGGUGAGCAGCUAGAGAAGCCAGCCACAGAUAAACCAAGCUUCUGGGU